GCUCAGGUUGGCGGCGCUCUAGUCGCCGCUUCUCUAAGGCCCGCGGGGCGGCCUGGGAGCCGCGGCAGAAAGGCCCGCUCUGUGCGUGCAUCCUGCGGGCGCGGGUCAUGGCGCGGCUCCCGAAGCUCGUAGUCUUCGAUCUCGAUUACACGCUGUGGCCGUUCUGGGUGGACACGCACGUAGACCCCCCGUUCCACAAAAGCAGUGAUGGAACUGUACGAGAUAGGCGGGGCCAGGCCGUCCGACUGUACCCAGAGGUGCCUGAGGUCCUGGAAAGAUUGCAGGGCUUGGGGGUGCCCGUCGCGGCCGCUUCACGGACAGGUGAGGUUGAAGGGGCCAACCAGCUACUGGAGCUCUUUGACCUUGUCAGAUACUUUGUUCAUCGGGAGAUCUAUCCAGGCAGCAAGGUCACGCACUUUGAGAGGUUGCAGCAGAAGACUGGAGUUCCUUUCUCCCAGAUGAUCUUCUUUGAUGAUGAAAAGCGGAAUAUUGUAGAUGUCAGCAAACUGGGUGUUACCAGCAUUCAUGUCCAGAAUGGAAUGAGCCUUCAGACCCUAACUCAAGGAUUAGAGACAUUUGCAAAGGCACAAGCUGGACUCUGAGGUCCAGUCCUGUGGAUGAGCCUCAUUUGAGGCAUAGAACUGAAAGGAAAUCAGGAGGGCAUUUUCAGGUGCAUUUGUAAAUUAUUAAAGUGUAUUUGUGUGUGGCAGAAGAGAUCUUACCCA